GCUGAGGUUCUCGAAACAAUAAAGCUUUUACAUACAACCAAGAACUUUUUAUUGAUUGCCCAACCCUGCUAUGCGCAGCCACUCGAGCUGACGUAAAUAAGUUCAGGCUUUAGGGUCACCGAUUUGCUUCUCCACGCAAAUGAGCGAGGACUACAAAGUAUCUCGCAAGCUAGGAAAAGCGUUCACCCUUCCAACAGCCCCUGCAUACUCGUUCAGUGGCAAGCACGAGCGCGCGCCAGCCGACCCCGGCCCAGGACCCGGACAGUAUGGGCCGCUAUGGGGCACCAACACAAAGGGCACCGGCUUCGGCACCAGUUCCCGCACGAACUGGGCCGCCAACAACGGGCCGGCGGGCACGGACUACCGGCCAAAGACUGCUCAGGUCCUGACAAACAAGCCCGCGUUCUCCUUCGGCGGCAAGGCCCAGCCAGACUCGUCAGCAAACCGGAUUCCGGGACCAGGCGCAUAUGAUUCCAGACCGGCCGACAAGGUGGUGCGCCGCUCCGCCAGCGCCUUCACAAUGGCGCCACGCACGGAGCCGGACAAGGAGGCGGAGCGGAAGCCGGCGCCCGGCGCAUAUGACCCAGACUACAGGCCGCGGGAGGUGCACACCGCCACGAUAAAGUUCCGCAACGCGGCGCCGUCACUGGCGGCGGAUGCGCCGGGCCCUGGCGAGUACGACACGCAGCCGCGGCGGUCCCACUCGGACGGCAAGACGUUUGGAGUGGGUCGGAGCGACCGGCACCUCAACAACGGCGUGCCCGGCCCCGGCGCCUACGGGGUCCCCUACGACCCCUACCGCCCCCGCCGCAGCUCCUGGAGCAUCGGUCGCGCCUCGCGCGACGCCGGCUCCCUUGCCAACGGCGUCCCCGGGCCCGGCGCCUACAGCGCGAGGGAGCCGGUCAUUCCCCGUGACGGCGGGCACAGCGUAGGCAGUGACUCGCGCUCUGCGCCCGCCUACACCUUCGGCGGCCGGCCCGGCAGCACGCGGCCGCCGCUUGGGCCCGGGCCCGCCGACUACGGUGUGCCGUCGGAGCCGGGGCGUAACACCAAGCCCGCGUUCAGCUUGCGUGGCGCGACCAUCGAGGACAGGCGGGAGAAGGUGCCGGGGCCGGGGGCAUACACCGCGGACCGCGCUGACAAGCUGGUGCGGGCCAGUGCGCCCGCCAUCAGCAUCUCGUGGCGGCCGGAGGACCCGGGAAGCAAAGAAAUGCGGCCGGGGCCGGGGCAGUAUGACGCCAAGGAGGCGGAUGGCAAGAUACCCGUGUCCAUCAAGUUCCGGAACGAGGUGCCCGCCGACUAUGCCGACAACCCCGCGCCGCACGACUACGCAGACAAAGACUUCCAGGGCUUUGGGACGUGUGGCGCCACGUGUGGGAACAAGAAGGGCUUCACCAUGGGCCGCCGCUGGCGGGAAGACAGGCGUGAGCACGUGCCGGGGCCGCAGUACAAAGUGGGCGUCAGCACGUUGGGCGUGGGCGCGCAGUCGGAGAUUGACAAGAGCAAGCUUAGCCUGACGGUCGUAUUGUAGUCCGUAUCGGGGGGGUCGCCGUCCAAGAAGGACGGACUGCGGGGAGGGGACGUUGCAGGAAUGUGUAGGGAGUAAGGAACACUGAACACGUCGUGAAGCAUGGGGUUGGGAACCCAACAGCGCGUGCAUGUGCUGGUACCGUAUACUCGAGCCGGUUGGCCCUACGUGUAGCAUCAGAUGUUGUACAUGGAAUGCGGCCAUCCGGACGUGCUUGCAGUGACUGGUGGCCCGAGUUGGUGGCUGCCCGUGUGCAACUGGCAUAACAUUGACCGGCCACUUAACACUUACCCAGUGUCGCUGGGUUGAGCCAAGCCAUCAAAGCAGAGUGGAAGGCCCUAGGUGCUCUGCUGCCAUGCCGCACAGGCGAACACGUGUGCCAACAGACAGCAC